CCUCCCAACGAGCAAGCGACACGCGACAAUCACAAACUGUCGUUAGAACAUUUCUACAGAUACAAUAGACUGCGGCUGUUGAUUCAGAGGGAUGUGGCGUUUCGUCUUUCUGCUCCUGCUUCUUGCAUCUUUUGGCGUCCAUGGGGCCCGAUGGUGGGUUGAUACUUUUACACUGUACACUUUUGGUGGGGGUACAGACUCCGGUAUCUUUAUUACUCUAUUUGGAAUUAAUGGAAAAUCCGGAGAAAUAGAGUUAGACAAUCUCGACAACAACUUUGAAGCUGGGCAUAAAGACAUGUUCUUUAUUGAGACGCCUGACAUUGGUACACUGUGCCGCGUGCGCAUCAGGUCUGACGGUAGGCACCCUGCUCAUCCCUGGAAUCUCCAAAAGAUUGACAUUUAUCCUGAAGGAUCAACUGAUCCUUUCACCUUUACGUGCCAUUGCUGGUUGCAAGAAGGUCACUUAGAGGAGACAAUUAAUAAUAUUAAUCUUCCUCCCUCGAUGGCAAACCAAGGUGGAUGCAGUCCUUGAAUCCGGCGCUGACCAGCCAGCAUACAGAGUUUAUUCACCUAAUGGAACACCUUGCUCAUCGGCUGACAGGAAUUAUAAGAAAUAUCUGUCAACGUCUACUGUCAACCUUCAACAGUGUCAAGGCACACACCCGUGCUAUGAUUUUGCUUACAGUUGAAAAUUUCUAGUACAUUACAACAAAAGUAACUAUACUUAUGCCAGUGUGUAGGACAUCCCAUAAGGCACUACAAUGUGGCGAUAAAAGCAUAAUUAAUAUGAGUCAAAAAUUGUUUUUGAAAUAUGUCUGGAGGUUUGUGUGGUCAAAUCGGGGAUCUCAUUAGAGUAUACUUCAGAAGAUUAUGGGCGAGUGUAAGAUAACAACCCUUUUGGAUACUUUGACCUAUAAUACAUACAUAUGGAUGAAAUGCCUCGUUUUGGAAAGACUUUGUGUUUAGCUUCAAAAGAUUAAUUUUCACAACGACCAAAUAUUAAUUUAGCUGUAGUUGUUUUUCUAAGAAUACGUUUUCUUUCUUCUGGUAAACUUAGAGGGGUAGCACUUUGACCACAGAUAUCUCUAAGACAUUAAAAAAAUAUAAAAAGGAUCAUUCUUGAAAACUGAAAUAAAAACUUGUACUAUAAAAAGACACUAUUCAAUGAUCUGCAAAAGUUUGAUACUGUCUGAAUGUUAGUUUGAAAAAAGUACAUUUAAAAUGUAUUAUUGAUUACAGUCAGAAUUCUAAUUUAAACUUCCUUGAAAAAUCAUUCCGCAGACAGUUAUUUUAUAUUUGAUUAUUUUGUCACAAGAUGUUAUGAAAAGUAGGAAAUAUAGUGUAAACAUAUACACUAGCCAACCCUAAACUGUAAAGACUUCUGCAAAAGUAGACCUCUUAAGCCAAGGUCUUGUACCCCACAAGCAAUUCUAAUGUAAACUAUUCUACAAAAAAGAGUGGAAAAUAAUAUCCAAUUUUUGUAAAAGCGAGUUCUAAGAUUGUGAACAGUAUCGUUGUAAAUGACAUCUAUUAUGCAAGGUAAAAAUAAAAACAGUUGAACUGCAAA